CACACGUUUGAGUCCGUCUGACAGUAACUUGUAUGUUCUCUUCCGUCAUGUCUGUCUAGCUUUUCUUCAGCAACACCGCGACACUCUAUGCAGUAAUCCGACAACUAUGAUCCCACGAAUACAUCGAUAAAUUUCAACAAAUCACUAGAGAAUAACACAUGUUCGGCGAAUCUGAAUCGGAGAGUCCAAGAGUACCCAGCCCUUGGGACUCCCUCAUUUCCACUCCGGCGUCAUCUUCGCCUCUAUGUGGCCCCGUUUUCAGUGCCUCUCCAGUGGUGACGACAAUUCCAAAGCUGGUACCAGAAGCUGACGAUGGAAAUGUCGAGUACAAGCUUCAGCUGUUAUCUCCCUCUCCCCCUCGCUUUGCACGCCUGGUCACGCAGCUCAAGUGGCGUCUGUUGGAAGGAGGAGGUCAGGCAUAUUAUGAAUUAGGAGUGGCUGAUUCAGGCGCCUUAGUUGGUCUGCCUCGCGCCGAUCUGGAACAGACUCUGGAAACCUUGGAAAUGAUGGCUGGGGAAAUAGGUGCCAGCGUUAUCGUGGUAAAGGAAAUCGAAGUACCAGCCGCUUUAGCGACGCUCGCCGUCCUUGAGGACAGCAAUGAUGGUGCUAGGCGGGAAAGAAUGACUGAGUUUAAGGUCGGGUCGGAGGGUACCACCACAGGCACCGAAACGGAGACAGAACUCUCUACAACAGACGCCGAGGAUGCUGGUGAAGGUGUACCUCCUGGAACCCUUUCACUUCAUCAACGCUCUUUGUUAUGCAGUACCCCAGGCUCUUCCUCCUCUUCCGUUGACGUAUUUUCAAUGGAUAUUGAGUCAGACACCGCAGAGCAAGCAGACACCGAGUCUGACUCUGAGUCUUCUCCACCCCAACACAAGUUUUCCAUCGAUGUAGAAAUUUCUUCGGUCUUCAAACCCCGUCCUUUUCGUACCCGAGUUACCAGUACUCCGGUCGCGCUUUCUUCCGCCGAAAUGAAAUGCAAUAACAGAGGCGCCAAAAAGAAAGUUAAACACCAUCUACAUGAUGUGUUCACCUCUUCUUCGGCUCCCUCGCUCAUGCCUACGGAUGAACAACGAAAGAACACCAAGGGACUCAACCGGCGGCAGGCGCGGGAUCGCAGAAGAGAAGAGAGGCGCAAGGCCUUGAUGGCAUUUGCGUCGAAUUCAAUCGAACCACCGCAAGCUGCAGAUCAACUCGUAGACGUCACGAAUGGGACGGAGGAAUCGGCAACGCAGGAGAUGGGGCUGAACGACAAAGCAGUUCCCGACUCGACCGAUGUCCUCGUCUCUGGCCUUGGGGAGCUUCACGCGUCAGUUGACCAUCAGCCAGUUUCUGCAGGACCUCCGACAGUGACAGCGGAGGAGAAUAUCCCAUCUAUCAGCCUCGUCGAGCUAGAGGAUGACGACGUGACAGGCGACGACGACGUUUUCGCACCUCCCACUCCUUCUGUGCCCUACACUUCAGUGGCAUCAGCCGGCGCUGAAGAAGGCAAAGACCAACCUCGACUCAUCGUCGAAGCUCUUGUUGUACGCAAAAUGUCAAUCGAAGAGGCCUUUUUAGACUUUGGCGGCUUCUCGUUAUCUUGAAAUUUGGAUUUAGCAUUUCUCAAGGUUCACCGAUCUUGUUCCUCUGUGGGUGGUUUGACUGAUUCGCGUGCAAUUUUGUCUUAGGGAGUUAGAUAUUCACGUUCUAUCGACUAUGUACCACCGAAUUGCUGUGUAUACUAUCGUAUGUUGUUGUAUUAUUGUAAAUUACAUAUGGUACGCAUCAUCUUGGGGAAAAUCGAGGCGAAAACACGUUAGGUGGCAACAUUCAUUAGCCAAAAUGUCACCGAACAUUCUAGGUUCUCAGAGCGACGGAAAAAUGUUCAAUUUUCAAUAUUGGCGAUCACUUGGACAUACCCAAUCUCAUGCUAUAAAGCCUGAUCU